AUGGAGGGUAGGGCCCAGGCCAGGGCCCCCCAGACUGAAACUGGGUCCCCGACAGGAGGGAGCAUGAGGGCCCAGGGUGGGGCACGAGAAGAGCUACUGCCCUGUCGGGGCCUGGUGGGGAGAGCCUGGCCGUUGGGCCGGGGCAGCAGUGUGGGCUCCAGGGGCACAUGGAGCCUCCGCACCCUGGGCUCCCCUGGUUCCCGGAGUGGGGACACGGAGGGCAGGGGCUCAGUUCAGAGAAGCCAAAGGAAGCAAGCCACACAGCCAGCUCUCCCCUCUGGCUUCCCCUGCCUCCACGGCCUCCGUGGCUGCCUUGCUGCCCCUCAUCCCUUGUUGAGCCCAGAUCCUUCCAUCCGUCCAUCCGUGGCCACUGGGACUCUCCCGUGCCUGGCACCGGCCUGGAGCCCCCCUCCCCUGCGCCGGCUCUGCCUUGGCGCCCCCAGAACAGAAGCCAGGUCUUGGCCCGGGGUUGUCCCUAGCCAGCCUCCCCACUCUAACUGCCCUGCAGGCCUCCACUGUCCCCGGGGCAGGGUCUCAGGCCAGGCCCAGCCCCGCCUGUUCCCUGAGCUGGGCACCUCUCCCGACUCAGGACUCCCUGAAAGCAGAGGGAUGCGGAGGCAGACGAGCAGCCAGCCAGCUCAGAGCAGGGACCCCCACCUCGGGCAGUGUGCUGGCCACCGCAGACGGCAGGCAGUGGGGGGCAGCUGGUCGAGCGGGCCUCCCUCCCUCAGCCGGGAGGCACCUUGUCAUGGGGGGAGGUGGCUUCUUGCUGUGGCUUAG